ACAUGAGCAGCGCCAUAACAUUUGAAGACUUUGAAACUGGAGCGAGCAUGACCUGGAUGCGUCGCACUAUGCUCUCAACACUCUGGCCAUCGUUGUGCCAUCCCGUGCACUUUUCACGACCGUACUCUUCGAAAAGUCGAGCACGCAAGAAUCGGUCAAUCAUCACGGCGACACUCAAGCAUGAAGACUUGAUCGGCGCACAUCAGCGAGUCCACGCAUACAACAAUGGGCACCGACAAUGGAGAGUCUCUUGUACCAGAUCAACCGUUUGAUCGACGAUAAAGACCAACUCGUCGCUGAGAAAAACGACAAUUUACAAUCACACCACAAGAUGUGGCGGGAGCUUGCGUCCGCACUAGCAGAGAAGGAUCGCAAGAUUGAAAACUUGCUAUGCGAAUUAUGGCAGCGCGCGUCCGAAAGCGAGGAGAUCACAAAGCGGCAUAACGACGAAAUGCUCAAACUACGGGAGGACUGCGAAAGAAGAACUGACCUCCUUGAGCUCAAGCUCCAGCAACUUGAAGCAGCGCACAUGCAGCGCUUGGGCGAGGCUGAAAGUGCUUGUGAAAAGAAGACAAAACACCUACAGCGCAAGCUAAAUGCUCUGCGCCAGCAGAAAGAGGCUGAGACGCAAGCACUGACGACCAAGAACCAAGACCUUGACCAAAGAUUAAAGGUCGCUCUCAGUCAAAUUGGGACGCAGGAUCGCGCGUACUACCGAGACGACGAAUCGAUUCUGGAAGAAUUCGAUGACUCGGAUGGGCCCGAUGCGAUCGACGAGUAUACGGAUGAUGAACUUGCAAUGGUGCUUGAUGAACAGUCUCAUAACGACGACAGCCUCGACGAUGUGAGCUCGGGGCAAUCGGAGGCUGACUCAAACACAGAUUGAUGCAGGAUGGGCUCUUCAACCGACGAGAAAAACUCGAACAUAAGCGAGUGACAAUUCCUAACGUUUGUACUUGAGCGACGACGAACGUGAGAUUUUCUAUCAAAUGGUCGUCACUCGACUGAUACGAUAACCCCCUGUUUCGUAUUAGCAUACUUGGAAGAGAGGUGAGGUGAGCAUGGAAUACUGUAUAAAAAACUGCACUCCAGCUGUGAACUUUUCCGACCAAAUUGAAGUAGACUUUGUCUUGGAGUGACCAUUCUUCGCCUCGCUGAAAUUGUUCACAUCGCUCACCUCACAUGUGUACAAAAACGUUCACCCCUCCUUUGUCGGAUGUGAUCACCAGGGAAUAUUAAAAUGGGACGAUCACUAUAUGCUUCAUCC